AGCAUCAAACUGAUCCCGUGGGAACAGGCACUGCAACCAUGUUGACGCUGUUGGCUCUGAUGACACUGUUGAUGGUCCCUGUUGAGUCGAACGUUUCUAACACAGAUGAGUGGAAAUCUCUGAGCAACCCCCAGAGCCGGACCCUGUUUUUUCAGAUUCUGCAGUCGUAUCUCGAAGGCAGAGAGAGUGAAGCUCAAGCAAUGGGCAGGAAAGCCAAUGUGAAGGAAAACAGAAACGGCAAUAUGGCAAACACUGACAAAUACAACCUCUUUCUGCACAAUGACAUCUAUGAUGUUUAGAUGAAGAGUUCCUUUUUUAGGUAAUCAAUGUCCUAGGUCUACAACAAAAUAAAUUAUGUUUUAUUGUUUAAGAAAUGUUAGUCAUUAUGUCAUUUUGUUGUUUUAAUUA